CAGUAAUUGUAAACGUAGAAAASUUGUUUGUGUUUGUGGCUUUGCAGAAGCUAAAGAUGAGUACUGCCCUAGAACCCAUACAGUUGCAAUGUUCUGUACAAACAUAUGCGUGGGGUAAGAUUGGAUUGAACAGUACAGUAGCACARCUUGCAAGCAAUGAUCCUUGUUUUAUGCUUGAAAAUAAACCAUAUGCAGAGCUGUGGAUGGGCACACAUCCCAAUGGACCUUCUCAAGUCAUAAAUAAAGAUUCGUYAGAAAAACAAAGCCUACWGUCAUGGAUUGAAAACCAUAAAGAAUGUCUUGGUAGUGAAGUUACAGCACAUUUUGGAGGAAAACUUCCAUUUCUGCUGAAAGUAUUAUCAGUCAAUAAGUCACUGUCUAUUCAAGCUCACCCCAAUAAGCAACAUGCUGAAAUACUUCAUUCAGAGAGACCAGAGGUUUAUAAGGAUCCCAAUCAUAAACCUGAAAUGGCUAUAGCUUUAACAGUCUUUGAAGGUCUUUGUGGCUUUAGGCCAAUUGAUGDAAUAAAGGAUUAUUUGAUAAAUGUUCCUGAGUUUGCUGCAGUAGUGGGUGAUGCUGGAACAUUGAUCAUCAAUCAAACUACAGAGGACAAUGUUCAGUUUGGACUCAAAGAGUGCUUCACUGCAUUAAUGGUUAAGUCUGAGGACUCCAUACAAAAGCAUYUAAAGGCACUUGUAUCACGGAUCAACAAAAUGAAAGACAUGGGUCAAGACACAUCUUCUUGCUUAGGUGAUCUUAUUCUUAGACUAAACAGUCAGUUCCCYGGUGAUGUUGGCUGUUUUUGUGCCUUUUUCUUGAACCAUGUUGUGUUACAGCCAGGWGAAGCUAUGUUUCUUGGUCCAAAUUUACCUCAUGCAUAUUUGUCAGGAGACUGUAUUGAAUGCAUGGCCUGUAGUGAUAAUGUUGUAAGAGCUGGACUAACUCCAAAGUAUAGAGAUGCAGAGACKCUAUGUGAAAUGYUGGAUUACAAACCCAGCACUGUUAGACAGAACAUCUUCCCUUCACACAAGGACCCYGAUGACCCUAAUGUGGCCAUUUACAACCCACCAGUGGAAGACUUUUCUGUSAUGAGACUUCAGGUUCCUGAAGGUACUUCAUCAUAUAGUGUUAAAGGUUUAAGUGGGCCAAGUAUUCUAAUAGUCAUUACAGGAUCUGCAAGGAUCAAGGCUUCUGAUUUAUCACUAGAUAGAGGAACCGUGCUAUUUCUACCAGCCAAUGGGAAGCUUUACUUAGAGGAGAUCAAGGGAAGUUUAAUAGCAUUCAGAGCAUACUGUGAUCUUAACUAAACUCUUUUUAGUAUAAUUAUUAUUAAGGUUUGUUUUCAUAGACAUUUAGUACAAUUCAUUCAAUGGYUUGAGGUUAUUUGUCAUUAACCCAUGAAAUACACUAUACAACAUUAUCACUCAUUAUUUUAUUGCACUUUUAGUUAACAGCUAGUACAGUAUUARGUUUCACGGGCUUCUGCAAACAGCUCUAACCAAACACUAUAAGAAUUAUUUAAAUAAUCCUAACAUAUAUAAUAAAGAAUUUUCUAUUGAAAUUUGAAUUUCAAAUAUAUAUACAAAAUACAGUUUUAAAAUUGUAUUUAGAUACUAGAUAGGAUAAAAACAUGGGUGAUGGAUAUUGGAUAUUUUAGAAAUGUGAAACAAAAACAAAAAAUAAGAUUUGUUAAUCUUCAAYAGUACUUACCUAAUAAUAUGUAAAAAGUAAUUGUCAUGUAGUUUUAUCAUGUCAGCCGUGUCCUGUUUCAGUAGAAAAAAAUGUUUACAAUAAUUGGACACUAUUAUACAGUCACCUUUGUAAUCUUAAUUGUUUAUAAAAUGAAAAUGACUACAUAUUAUCUAAUGGUAAAAUUUUGUUAACUUGGCAAAGAGCAAACUUCUAAAUGUCAGAUUAUGGUACCAUUUUUUACAGAGGAAAAUUUCAUGUUUAGGGAUGGAAUAGGGUGAAAAGUGCAAAUAUAUACUUAAUACAAAUAAUUUAAUGUGUUUGUUGAAUAAACCAUUUAWUAUUCAA